AUGAUAUGGCAGCGUGUGGUCACUCGAACCCUGCCUGGCGAAACACAUGCUCAUGGAGAACAACUAAUACAGAAGUCUAAGAUGAAGGUUAUCAAGAUGUUGCUUGUUGUGAUAGUCUUAUUUGCUUGUUCUUGGCUUCCACUGUACAUCAUCUGCAGCAGGGUAAAACUGGGUGGUGAGAUCGGCUCCAUGGAGUUGGCAAUAAUUGAGUUCUUUCUGCCGAUAGCACAGUGGCUUGGAACAUCAAAUUCUUGCAUCAAUCCCAUCUUGUAUGCAUUCUUCAACAAGAAGUUUAGAGCAGGGUUCAAGGCCAUUGUAUCUUCUCGUUCCUGCUGCUCGACACUUCGAUAUGAUUACAGAACUCAGUUCACUAUCAGCUCUCGAGACAUUGGUAAUGGUACCCAGAAGGUGCCAACUAAGAGGAUGACAAUAUCUGCUGGAGUUCCAGUCAAACCAAAGAGGCCUGACCCUAACUUGAGGACUAUGUCUCUCAGAACACCGUUGCCAUCAAAUAACAAUUUCCAAGAUUUCCGCACCUACUGUCAUGAUCUCAACUGUAAUGGAACAUUUGUUUAA